AUGUCUAACACAGGACCGGGACCAGGACCGGGACCGGGACCAGUGUGGUCCGGGACCGGGACCAGUGUGGUCCGGGGGGUCCGGGCUCUGUCAGCUGCUGGUCGGUCCUGGAGAGUGAGGAGAGAUGGAAGUGGCAGCAGGGAGGAGGAGCCAGAGCAAGAGAAGGCAGGAGAUGAGAUUAAAGAAGCGAGCCCCCAUGCCCCCCCCUCCAGCCUUCACUUCUCCUCCUCACCCAUCCUGCAGCAGCCCGGCUCCUACUUCUCCCACCCGGCCAUCAGGUAUCACCCACAGGAGACGCUCAAGGAGUUCGUCCAGCUGGUCUGUCCUGACUCCGCCCAGCAGGCCGGACAGGUGGGCUUCCUCAACCCGAAUGGUAGCUCCCAGGGAAAGGUCCACAAUCCUUUCCUGCCGACGCCCAUGCUGCCUCCCCCUCCGCCUCCCCCAAUGGCACGUCCCGUCCCACUGCCCGUCGACGCCAAGCCGCCCUCCACCUCCUCAGCCGAGGGGGGGGGGAACUCACCCACCUCGCCCACCUACUCCACCCCCACUUCAUCUCCAGCCCAGCGGUUCGUCAGCGUCGGACCCAGAGACCCCGGCUUUAACAUCCCUCAGCAGCCACAGUGGUACCUGGGAUAAGGACUCCAGAGGCCCCUCCCCCUCCACCCGCCUGUACGACAGAUCGCUGCAGCCUCCUCUUGACCUUUGACCUUUGAUGCCAGCUGCGACAGAGAGUCUUGUCUAACUCCGCCCCUUUAACCAUCCUCCUCCCCCUUCUGCGCCUGACUCCGCCCCCACCAGCGCCAUACACAGACUCAGCAGCAUCAGCAUGGCUACAGCGGAUCAAACGCACCCCGACCCCGGUGUUAAACACCCUCUCUGUAAACUAUAGACUUCCUGUAGACAUAUGGUUCAUAUGUCCACGUCCAUAUAUAGUGCCAGGCCCCGCCCCCUCACACCAGACCGUGCGGAGGAUUUGCGGGGGGGACUGAGUCUUCAGUUUCUGGGAGCGCCGCAAGACUGAAUCACAGAGCUUCCCCUCCGGAGAAACGACACACUCUCCCAUCAUCCUCUGCAGUGUGUGCAUCCAGUGGACUCUCAGCGGUACACCGCCCUCCCCACCCCCACCAUCCACCCCUCCACCCUGGUGGAUCCUGACGGUCGGUUUGGUUGGUGGGACAGGACGGGAUGCGCCGUAGCCGGGGGGAGGGGAGGUGUUACCUGGCUCAGAUACCACCAGCUAGUACCCCCAACCCCCUGAACGAGCCCUCACACACCUCCAGGGAUGGACUCCACCCCCUGACUUUACCCCGCCUACACCACCCCCACCCCCACCCCCACAUGGCAUGUCAGGGAUGGAGGAAGUCGACGAGGCUCUUUCCAAGGACAUGGACCAGUGCUUAACGGAAAGAGCUGAGCUGAUGGGGAGAUGGUGCGGGCACAGACAGACGGACUACAUGUGGAGGGGUGUGGGGUCAUGAUGGGGGAGGUGGGGUCAUGAUGGGGGAGGUGGGGUUAUGAAGGUGGGGUUUGUUGAUAAGAAGUGUUGCGACCAGACGCUGGUGGAUCCGAGCUCGUUUGUCUGAGGCUUCGGCUUCAUGGCUCAUUGAUUUUUCUCUCUUAGCCGUCAUUUCAGCUGGUUUCCCUCCUCCUCCUCCUCCUCCACCUCCUCCGCUUCCUCCUCCUCCUCCUCCUCCUCUAUCCAUCCACCAGUCUGGGUGAAGCUACAGCUGAGGGUGGGCAGAAAGCUCUGGUGUCCGAAACGCAGCAGGCAGACAGGAGAGAGAUGGAAACUUUACCAGUGGAAUAUUGAUCAUGAGGAAAGUGCAAUUUUGUUGGCUAGCUGUUGGAUAGUUAAAUAUCUUUGUAAGAUAGCUCAUUGAAAUCAGUUGUUGAAAAGUAUAUAUAAGAUAUAUUUUUCUUCCUAGUCCGCUCACACCUCUGGGACUCUAAAAUACUGGGGUACAAAAGACGACGACACUAGAAACCAUAGCCUUGUGAGAAAUAAGGGGAGCUGUAUUCACAUUUAUUGUUUUAUUAUUUGUUGUUUGUUCAUCUUGUAAAGCUGUUAGCAUGGUAGAACAAGAAUCCCUUUAAGAAUUAUCAUUUAAACAAUCAAUUUUUUAAAAUCAUUCUUCGCAGCUUGAGUCUGCUCCUUUUGUUUGAAAGAAGAAAAACACUAAGCGAUUAACUUAUUUUGAUGAGCACAUCAUUUUACAAUUUUGCUAUUUGAAUUUCUCACGAGGUGAAACAGGAGAAAACACGACUGUCAAUUUAGAAGAAUCACGUUUUCUCCGGUUUCUGUUGGCGAGAUAAUCUUUAACGGGUGCUGCCCGGCGACGGGCUGCCCAGUGAUUGGCUGGGCCUCCUAGAGGUCGCGUCCAAUCAGAAGCACUUAUUCCUGCAGUUGGCCAAUGGGCCGUGAGUGUAAUCAGGGGGCGUGGUUUAGCGAUACAGAGGCAGAGCAGAGGGUAACUCUCUGGAAGCUUUCGUCCAUGAAUAGACAGCCGAGCGCUUCACAUGCAACUUACCAUUUUAUUGACCUUCAGUUUUGUUUUCCUUUCCUAUACUAUAUAUAUAAAUAUACACACACACACACACACACACACAUUUUCACGACCAUCCAGCGUCGAUUAAAAGUGAAUUUAAGUGAAAAAGUUACAAAAAAAGAACAAAAAAAUCUGCAUGUUCUAGUGUUAGUGAUAAAUUUUUCCAUAGAUGAUGUAGUUAGUGAGAUAAAGACACUAUAUUGUAAACCCAACAUCAGGCACUUGCCAGCAGCCGUCUAUUAGUUUGGCCCUGUCGAGGCCUUUUCUCUCGCUCUCCUUCACAAACAACCAGCUCUCUUCGCUUCUCAGCAUCUUUCCAUCCUUUUUAUUUCUACUUCCUUCCCCUCCUCCUUCCCUCCUCCUCCUUCAACAACAGAUCAGUUCUGCUUCUCAGUUACGAGACGCUCUCGUUCAUCCGUACGUCAUCAAAUUGCACGAAAACAAUUGUUCCUCAUCAAUGUGCCUUGAGCUACGGUCCAGUCCUGAGAGGUCGCACAAGAUCCAAUGUGGAGAGUCUUGUUUCCUUGUUUCUUCUUUUUUUAUUUCAUUAGUUUUCCUCCAUAGUUCCCUCCACACCAGAGAUUUUCUGUUAACUGGAGCAAAGUGUUAACGUGUUAAAGCUGAGGAGGAACGCCGUGAUCUCCAGAAUUACCGGCUGGUAAUAUCUCAGUUUCAGGAGCUCACAGGUGAAAUCUGCACCAGGUACGAUCAGGUCAGCCUCAGAUCUCCACCGACACACGGCGACACACUGACGUUUAGUGAAAUGAGUCGGAGGAUUUGUGACAGAUGAAUCUCAUGAAAAGACUACAGCUGACAGCUCGGUUCAGUCGUGUAGCAGCUAAAAAGGUUUGAUUCAGAUCAGCUCAUCGUCCAGCUGAGCUGCAAAAACACAGCAUGCUGUCAGCUAACGGUCCAGCUCAGAGGUGUGAAUACAUUUUGUUCAAAGCUACUUUCACCUUCAGCAGAGAAGAGUUAGCUGACAGUUUAUUGACUAAACCAUUGUAAGUUUUGUUAGCCAGCUGUAGAGUCGCUCAGACAGUUUGAAUGAGACGACUCUUCACUCUUCACUGUAUCAGUUUCAUUUAAAUGAUACAUUUGCUGUGAUAAGUUGAGAAAUAUGACGGUGAUGUUUCUGUGUGUGAGAAUCGCGGGUUUCUGUUGAGACCUUGAACUCUUUUCACUAAACGUCGUGCUGUCGGGAUCUCGAUGAAGCAGAUGGAGCUUCUUCCUGCUCAUCAGCUUCAGUUUUCUCCGACCUCCACCCGUUCGUCCUGCCGUCAGUGCGGCCGGAUCAUUUUAACUUCUGUCGCUGCGUCUCCAAACAACAAAAACUUUCAUUUCAGGUCUUCCUGAUUUAUUUCUCGGUUUGUUCAAUCUUCAACGUUCGUUCCCAGAAAUGAAUAACGAGGACAUAAAAUAUGCAAUACCUGCUUGCACUCACUAGACUUAUUUUGUCUUACAUUGUUUAUUGAGUUUGGUUUUUCCUUUUCUUUACUUUCUACCAAAGUUGGCGUGCACGUGACUGGCAUCGUGCUCCGUGGUCGGUCCCUAAAAAUGGUGAAGCCAGCCCCGCGGCGGCGCUCCAGCCGAGCUGAGCCUCCGUCGCUCGGGGGCUCCUCCCCCUCCCUCCCUCCUUCCUGUUUUGAUAAUCUAUUGAUAAUCGACGGCCGCAAUACUACAUCGGGUCUCUCUUUCCUAAAGGUUUCUUAUUUCUUUGGUCACAAGCAAGCCUUAAACAAGUCCAACUUCUUCUCCAUCACGCAGAAAACAGUUUAUGGAAACAUUUUUGAUGACGUCCAACAUUUGAAGCUCGCCCCGCCCUGCUCGGCAGAGGUUUUAGUAAAUCAGUUGUUUACCUGUUGUGUGUUCGGUCCGUCAGCGAUGCGACGCCGUCGGCUGUGAUGGUUCAGUAGUUCCACUUGUGUGGGUUGUGUGUUUCCUCUUAGUGUGACAUGUUUGUUUGGUCUCUGUUCUUGCCUACCCUUUAGCCAUGAGUUGGGCAUUACUUCCUUAAUUAUCUGCACUAAAUAUGAAAUAAAUGAGAAUAGUGAAAAAGUAUUACAUAAAAAAAAAAAAAAAAAAUCAGCUUCCAGGGCUUAAAAAGAGCGAAGGGAAUAAAAAAAAAUUGCACGGACAUUUUUUUAAGUGUCACAAAAACCUUGUGAAACAGCCUAGCAUCUAAUCAGCGACUUUGGCUGUGUGUGUGUAAGAUAACGACAAAAUUGCACCCUUUUUAAAGAAAGAAAAAAGAAAAAGAAUAUAAAAGCAAUAGUUUGGGCAGCGUGUUGUUUUGUUCUUGUGUUGUGUGUGUACUUUAGUUCUGGUACAGCAGCGAGAAGCAGAGAAGAGUUAGCUCUUACAGACGGGAGGCAGAGCAGCCGGCCCAGCGGCCUGAUGGAGACGUGUUUGUAUGUUGUAUAGUUUUAUUAAUUACACUGAUUUUAAAGCUGCCCUAUUUUAUAAUGCAGGACUUUUGUAACAUUGAUUAAAUGAGGAAAAACUAGUGUUGUGAAUUUUCUGAUUGUUUGUAUCGAGGCCACAUUACUAGAACUGGUUUGUUUGGUUUGUUUUUCUGGGAACUGGAUUUAAGUUGAAAACUUUCCUGUUUCCUUAUUUUCUUUAUUGUUUUCUUUAUUUGCUUUCUUUUUGUAUGUAUUUAAGGACAUUUCCUCUGUUGAUGGUAUAGCAUAUUCCUGUGCUUGUAAAGUACGGGGCGCUGUGGUGAUAAGACCAUUGUAAAUGGAUGUUACAGUAUGCUGUAUGUUUUGAAGGUUAUUUGUUGCAUCAGUGUUGAUGAAGCUAAAUCUAGGUAAUUCUGAGGAAAAUUGGUAAGAAAAGCGUUUUUUAUGCAUUUUAAAGUUUAGUUUUAGGCAGGAGACAAUGACAUAGCCAAACGAUGCCCACUAUAAAUGCAUCUAGGCAUCUUUUUUUGUGUUCACCAUUCCAUGCAGGAAAAUAAACAGCUUGAUUAUGCAACAUGA